GCGCCGCUGACGUCAGAGGGCCAUGGCGGCGGCGGCGUUGGAGCCCUGGCAGGCUGCGGCCCCGCGCAGGAAAAGGCGCUCGGCGGCGCGGCGUCCGCGAGGGAGGGAGGCGGCGGCGGGGGGCCUGGAGGCCGAACCAGAGACGGACGGCCGAGUCGUGCUUCGUCGCAUCCGGGAGGCCCGGGAGGACCUGCUUCUCUCUGAUUUCUGGAGUCUGGCCCUAGAAACCAUCAACGGCUGUCUGACGAAACAUCUGGAACAACUGAAGGCCCCAGUGGGGACUCUCUCGGAAGUCUUUGGAAACCUGCAUCUCGACUCCUCGCCAGAUGAGUCGGAUGCGGCCCCCGGCUGCCUCCCAGGAGAGACCCUGGUGCCGGGAACCUGCCGUCUGAAGUGUGUAUGCUAUGGCCUUGGGAACUUUGCCACCUGCGUCAUGGCUAGAAACCAGCUAACGUUUUUGCUUCUCUUCCUGGAAAAGUGCCAGAUUCCCAGAAGGCACUGCUGGGUGUACGACCCUGUGUUUAGCCAACUAGAAAUUGCAGUUCUGAAUAGCCUCGGUGUGAUUGUCCUCAGUGAGAACGAGGAGGGAAGACGCAGCGUGUGGGGCGAGCCCACUGUCUUUUACAUGCCCCACUGCGGGACGGCCCUGUACAACAACCUCCUGUGGAGCAACUGGUCGGUAGACGCCCUUUCCAAGAUGGUCGUCAUCGGGAACAGCUUCAGGGGCCUUGAGGAAAGGUUGCUGGCAAGGAUUCUGCAGAAAAAUUAUCCCUACGUCGCAAAGGUUUUGCAGGGACUGGAGGAGCUUGGGCUGCCGGAGACGCCACAGUACGCGGACGUAUUCAACGACACCUCCGUCCACUGGUUCCCUGUACAGAAGUUAGAACAGCUCCCCAUGGACACGUGGGCAUUUCGGGAAGAACCAGACUAUGGGGACUGUGAGGACCUUGAAAUCAUCAGGAACAAGACAAGAGGUCCUUCGGCUGCUGACCUGAAGUCGCCAUGACACGGUGCCAGCCGAGGCAGAAGCAGCUGCCCCCGGAGAGGACAGGGGAGGCUCCACGGAGGGAGUGCCGACAGCCCCCUUCUUUGCAGUGGGCCAGAUUGCAGAGCACCGGGAAUAUUCCAUUCGGUUCUCCCCCUUAGACGAGGAUGUGCUGUGGAAGGGCUCGGCAUAAAGAUGCACCUCCUGA